AUGUACAAAAACAUGGUUAUUUUAUUUUUGUUCAAAAUUGUUCAGUCACAAAUCCUUCAGUUCGGAAAUUGUUCAAAUAUCACCACUAUGGAUUAUUUCCAAAUUGAUAAAUUCCUUGGAAAGUGGUAUGUCAUAGAACAAUACCCAGUUUGGUAUGAAGAAGAUGGUCACUGUGCAUUCAAAGUAUUUGAACUGUGUGAACGUCGGGUCAGGAUUCAGAGCGGAUAUGUCAAGGACAAAAUACAAUACAUAGUUACUGUUAAUAGCACUUAUUAUUCUGGUGAUGACGCUAUCUUUGAAAUAGAAAAGAAUAAUAUAGACCCAGUCGGCGUGCCGUUGUCUGUUAUAACAACAGAUUAUGCGAAUUACUCUCUGCUUUACGGCUGCAGAGUGAACGAGAAUUUGCAAUUGAAAUACAUGACAGCUUGGAUUCUAUCGCGUAGCUUAACAUUAUCACCGGAUAUUCUUGAAACUGCAUACAGAGAACUAAACGCCAUUCCGGAUGCCAGCUCAGGCUAUUUGCAAACUGUAGAUCAUAAUGAAUCAAAAUGUGCCUACCAAUGGACUGCUGAAAUACACGCAGUUAAUACAAGUACCAAUGAUUAA